AUGACUGUUGAUAUAUCUGAGAAAGCUGUCAUGCACGAACAGAUCUCUGCAGCUGCAGGAAAGCUGAUUCUGCUACCGACGUGGAAGAGCGAAGGCAGCGGGUGGCUGCCUGUCUGUGGCUGCCUGUGGGGGGGUGGCCUCAGCCCCUGCGGGCCCCCUCCCCUUCGGGUUCAGGCCCCGGGACCCCCCUCCCCCCGGUCCUUCCCCUCGGCCCCGGCCCCUCCUCCCGCGGCGCCCGGGGCGGAGCGGGGCGGCCCCGUGCUGGGCAGGCGCGGCGCGGCCAUGUCGGGCGCGGUGGAGCGGCGGCUGGCCCGCUUCCGCGCCUCCCGCUGCGGCACAGCCGCCUCGCCGCGCCCCGCGGAGCCUCCGCGCCAGGCCGCGGCGGCAGGGGCGGCCGAGGAGCAGCCGGUCGCUGCGGCGGGGCCGGGCGGCGGCGCGGAGGCCCGUCCCGGCGGGGCGGCGGUGCCGCUGUGGGCGCGUCCGCUGGUGCUGAAGGUGCUGCUGUGGGCGGUGCUGCUGGCGCUGUUCGCGGAGCUGGAGCUGGGGCUGCCUUACUUCGUCCUGUCCCUGCUGUACUGGAUGUACGCCGGCACCCGCGGCCCCGCCGAGCGGCGGCCGGGCGAGCUCAGCGCCUACUCCGUCUUCAACCCCGGCUGCGCCGCCAUCGCCGGGACGCUGACGGCCGAGCAGCUGGAGCGGGAGCUGCACUACCGGCCCGCGGCCGGGAAGUAGCGACCGGCCCGGCGGGAGCGGCUCCCGCCACCUCCUCCCGCCCGGGCCGGGGGCCCGAGGAAGGGCUGGCUGGAAAGGGUUAUUUCUAUGCAAAACGCCGCUUGCGCCUUCAUCCGAUUUGGGUGCCCCAUAAAGCCGUGGCGAAGCGCGGGCUCUGGUUUCCCGGGCGGCAGAGCCGCGGCCGCGGGAGGCACGGGCUGUGCCCAGCUCAGCUGCCCGCCUGGCGGCUGCUGAAGCUCAGCUCUUGCUGACACUUGCCAGCGGUAGCUGAAGAAAAAACCACGAGGCACUCAGUAUACGUAAAAUAGGCUGCUGGUUCUGUUUGAACUCGUGUUUCAUUUAAUACAAAUACCUGAUUUAAUGUGAGUUCUCUGUCCUUUUCAUACGACCAGCUUCCAUCAUUUGCAGUAUACGAAAAAAAAAAAGUUGUUGUUAUUCCUGGCAGCUUUUCUUUAACCACCAUUUUGAAAGAAAAAAUUAAGGUGAAUAUGCAGCAGACGUGGAAAUGCAAGAGGCCCUCAGACAGAAGGGGAUUUGUCCUGUCCUUGGAUUCAGUCCUUCCACUCCAGCAGAGCUGAUGGCACUUCUCACCAUCAUCCUACAGACUGUCUGCUGUACUUGUGUAUGAUCCAUCCAUAUCUUUAAUAUAUCUAUGGCACUGCAUUAAAACAAAUCAUUAAGUCAUAGUGAAGAGCAGCUGGUAGAACUCAUGCCUCUGAGUAAUGAGAAGGGAAGUCAGAAACUGGUCUUGCAAAUCCUGUUCCAUUAUGCCUUUUUUAAUUUUAAGUUACACAAAGCCUUCAGGCUUGACCUACCACAAGUUUUAUCACAGGUUGAGGAAACAAAAGGAUUGCUUUGGAUUUAACUGGAUUUGUAAGAGGUUAAUAGAUUAAAGCACAAUUAAUAUUGCGUUUUAUAAUAAAUGGGGGUUGGACUAGAUGACCUUUAAAGGUGCCUUCCAACCCAACACAUCG